AUGAAACGGCGGGCCGGUCAGUCGGUCGGUCGGUCUCGGGCCUGUCAGUGAUCUGCACGAUGCCGCCGUGAUCGGAACGGCAUCGCGUUUUCCUAGUGCGACACGCGCACGCAUCACGUGGCACGCACACCCGCGCGUCCGACUGUCCUGCCUCCUGCGACGCGAGGAUCACGUCCGACAUCCCUCGCACGCGACGUUCCACAACCCCGGAGGAGAAACGACGCCCGACGACGAGGACGUCGACGACGACGACGACGACGAUCACGCGCGACGACAAAUGCGUCAGUGAUCCCGCCGCCGGAUAUAUGCCCGGAGAAGUCCGAUAUGAGUACAGACGGAAGAACGUUUUCCGGGAGAAGAUGACCCCACGUCGUCGCGUCUUGGCAGGAGUUCGCCGUGCUAUUUUUGCCGCCAGUAUCCUGGCACUUAUCCUCCUGGCGCUGUCUUGCCAGGAUAGCACCAACACCUUGCAGCACGGGAAUUCACUGGAGGACGCGAAUCUGACACCGGAAGAAAAAAUAUUGGAGCAGAUCACUGCGGCGGAAACCGAACAACGUUUAAUAGCUAGACGGAAAUUUCUGGCGGAAAGAUGCGCCGAGGAAGGGCUCGAUCGUUCUGGUAACGAUUCACUUCACAAGCCGAACGCUUGGGAAUUUCUUGUAAAUAGAGAAUACCAUCUUAUAUGGUGUAACGUUUUCAAAGCAGCGUCCACGUCAUGGAUGUAUAACUUUAACUUACUUGCGGGAUAUAGCCCGCAAUUCCUGAAGGCCUCCAAGGCGGUGCCAGUUUCGCUGGCCAGACAAAGAUAUCCUAGACACACUGCGGAAGAGCUAGUUAAAUUUUUAAACGACAGCAUCAGUUUUUUGAUAGUGCGGCAUCCAUUCGAAAGAUUACUUAGUGCUUACAGGGACAAAUUGGAGCACAGUCUGCCGCACACGUUUCAUAGUAAUCUCGGUGCACACAUAGUUUGGCACUACAGAGCAAGGGAUCCGAAGACGAAUACAAGGCAAGGGCCGAGAUAUCCGCUCUUCGAAGAAUUCGUGCGAUGGUUAUUAUGUCAGUGGAGAGCGGGGAACGAUCUUGACAUGCAUUGGACGCCAGUUGUAAAUUUUUGUACACCCUGCCAAGUGCGAUUCGAUAUAAUAGCUAAAUUUGAGACUCUACAUGAGGAUCAAGAUUAUCUUAUAAAGCAAGCUCACGUGGGACACAUAAUUAAACCUGAAUGGAAAAAUCCAACCAGAGGUGUCCAAACGAAAGAUGUUAUAAAAAAUUAUUUUACGCAAUUAUCUAAAACGCAAAUCGAUGAGCUCUACGAGAUGUUCAGGUAUGACUUUGUAUUGUUUGACUACUCACCUGAAGAGUAUCUAGCUUUCGGAAGAGACGAAAUCACUACAUUGAUAUGUAAGUGAUAUGACAUUUCAUCCACAUGCUUAAUACAUGUGCGCGAAUGCAUCUCUAAUUUGAAAAAGUUCUAUAUUGAACUACAUACAACGAAGCUGUAGAUAGUAUUUAAAUAACAUUUGGAAGGAAAGGAAGCUAUGAUGUGUAUAUAGUAACAUUCAUGCCGUCGAUGCAUUUCUUACAUAGGACUUAAAAAAAAUAAAAUAAAAUAAAAUAAUACUUAAUAUAUGUCCUGAUUUUAUAACUUAUAUGUAAAAAACUGCGUUGUCGCAUUAAAUGAAUUUUGAUAGCGAGCAUAUGUUAAAGUUUAUCAAACUGUUGUACCAACUGUUUUGAAAAAUAGAACACAAUGGUGACUUGAUAAACAAUAAUAAAAAUGUCUUGCAAAUGUGAAUGAUGUAUAAUGUAAAAUUCGUUAUUUGUAUAGUUAAAUUAUUAAGAGAGCUAAAUUUUUAAAAAAUUUACAGUUCUCAGAUCUGAAAACUUGAUCGCUACUCAAUCAUUCAAAAAAUUUGCACAUUUCUCAAUUAUCUUAUGUUUUAAUGAAUAGAUUGAGAGUAUUUUACGAGUAUAUAAAAUUACUAUUAAUUAUUUAAUUAAUAGAUUGAGAGUAUUUUACGAGUAUUAAAAUCUUUAAAUAGGAGUGCGAUAAAAUUGAUCUGAGAGAAAAGUCUAGAUAGAUUUUAAAAAUUCUAGGAUGUGACAGAAUUGGAAAGAAUUUGUGAUAGUUCCAGUUUCGCAUAAUGCAAUAAAAAUAUUUAACUACGCUAUUGAGUUGUUCCUAACAACCGCACAAUAAUCUUUGUAUACGCAUGAUUACAAUAUAGUUACCACCACUGUAACAAUAGUAACGGUACCACUAUAACAAUAGUAAUAGUAUUGCCUCAAGGAAA